AUUUCAUUCAGUACAGACGUGAAGCUUAAAGUUCUAGAAAAUUUUAAUAAAAUGUGAAUUUAAAUUUUUUAAUUAUGAAUAAAAAAGUGCAGCUAAUCUUGAAUUCGCUGUUGACAGUCAUAGCUGCUGUGGGAUUUAGUGGAGCUCAAGAGUGUGAAAAGAAUAAUGUUAAAGACUGUAACAAAGUUUACAACUCAAUCGACCAAUCAGAUGGCAUCAUUACAAGUCCUUGUUAUCCAUCAAACUAUCCCAACAUCACAGUCUGUAAAUAUGAGUUUAUUGGAAGGACAAAUGAGAGAAUUCAAUUGAAUUUUAUUGAUUUUUCAUUAACCGGAAAUCACACUGAAUGCUAUUACUCGGAUACGGUUGAGAUUUUCAUGUUCAUUAAGGAUAAGUAUCAACCUGUGCAGCUGCUGUGUGGACUGCACCAACUACCAGGACCAAUAUUGUCUUACAACAACAAAAUGCAAAUUGAAUUUCGUGGUAUUUAUGGCGGUAAAUUGGAGAAUGCUCGUGGAUUUAAAUUGGAAUUUGCAUUCAUUAGGCAUUACGGAAUCAAGUCAGGCAAGCAAGUUGACAACAAAUGUGAUUUUAUUUACAAUUCAAAUGAAACCAAGGCUGGGGUUAUUAACUCACCAAAUUUCCCCGGCUCAUAUCCAAUUAAUAUGGAAUGCAAUUAUUAUUUCCAUGGAAAUGACAAUGAAACAGUUGAAAUUUUAUUUUCAUACUUUGAUGUCGAAGGUGUGUUUCCAUGUUACGGUGACGACGUCUCUAGUGACUCAGUUGAAUUUUCCAACUAUCCAUCACGUGACAGAAAAUUAAAGUUUUAUUGUGGAAAGGUUGACCAUGCAUUUACAUUAAAAUCUGAAAAUAAAUAUUUUCGAGUGACAUUUCGAAGCAAUGACAGACUGGAUGGAACUGGAUUUAGAGCAUCUUAUAAAUUUAUUAGUCCAAUUAAAAAUGAAACUCGUACUCAAUAUAUUGAGAUUAAUAUUGAAAAUUCAUCAAGAAAAUUGAAUAUUUCUAUUUUAUUAAUUUUUAUAGGAAAUUUUGUAUUUUUUAAAUUUUGUUAAUUUAAUAAAAAUGAAUUAAAAUUUUAAUUUGACUUGAAUUGGUUGCUUGCUGUAUUCUAAGGUUGACACAGUUCUGUGGGGUUACUGGAAGGGUAUAGAUCAUUGGCCAGCAUCUGUAGCUUCUCCAUAAUGGAACAUUUUAUAAGAUUUGAUUAAAAACAGACUGCCACUAAGGUUACAUUCCUUGAGUAGCUACAAAAACCCACACCAGUGUUGGUCGAACUAUGAUCCGCGACACCCAAAUGCUCAAAAAGUUUCAAGCCAGUCGAGAAAUUGACUUUUUUGCAAUAGAAUUAUCAUAUAGUCCCCCUUUUGUAUAGCCCCCGGUAGGAGGGGGGGGGGGGCGGUUGUAGGUUGAGUGACAAAUCCUGCUAAGUUUACUUUCUUAUUUUCCUAGGGUUUUAAUAAAAUUAAACAGUAUUGCAUUUGGUAUGGUUAAUUGGCAAACGGAAGCCAGCGAUAGAGUCAGCUUCAGGCGCCAUCUAAGGGAGGCCAUGGAUUACAAUUGAUCUGUACGGCCAGCGAAGUAAAUAAGUUUAAUGGAAAAUCCCACAAAAAAACAUUCUUCUAAUGAAUGUCUUCUUCCCCCUCUUAAAAUUCCUAGCUACGUACUUAACCCCCCUAACACAUCCCCUUAUGAUAUAGUCUCAACCCUACUUUAUAUCAACCAACCAACUCCAAUCAACAAAGUGUCACAAUUUCUUAAGCUUUACAAGCCACAACAUCAUUCAAAACUUUUGUCAAAUAAAACCUUGCAUUGUCCUUGACAUUAUCAGCAAGACCAGCAACAGCAGAUUCAACAUAAACAGCAAUUUGGAAUUGAUUAAUAGCUUUUGUCAAUUUUACAGUUUCACAAGCGUCGUCAGCAAUUUCCUGCAUAAUUCUGAACUUAGAAUUUAUAUUUGAACUUGUGACUCCAAUUAAGGUGCUGUUGAGUUGUUUUAGAAGAUCGUUCCAGCUACCGGAUGCGGUUGGAGUUGUUGCUAGCUUGGUUGUUGUUGGUCCUGGUUUAGCAGUUGAUGAGGUUGAUGUAGCAGCUGAAGUGAGAGUCACGAAUAAAAUGACACAGAAAAGUUUAAGCAAAUUUUGAUCCAUUUUUU